AUGGUACGCACUAUUGUCGAACAUGCUUACGGACGUCUGCAGCGGGAACGUUUGAUAUGGCUUCUAAACAACCCCAAUCCUGAAAACUUCCAUCAUUUUGGGAUGGUGACAGCUCCACCCCAAGGAUUAUUCCUAGAAGAUGUUGUGUACGAUGAACGAAUGUUUAUUAAUCCUAUACCGUAUCAUUACCAUUGCUGGGAUGAUGAAAUGGAUGAAAUGCUUUAUGAUGAAGCGUAUGGGUAUGGGUAUGGGUAUGCGUAUGUAUAUCAUCCAAAACGUCAAGUGCAGCGAAGACCUACUGCGAUCUCUGCUGCUCAACGAUCACUAUCCGGGGGUAGCAGACCAUUACAGAUUGCCUCAGAAUACGGUAAGAUGGAAAAAGUUGCGCGUGCAUGGCGCGUUGCGUAUGGUUUUGGUUAUGUUGUAGGGUGUAGAGGUGUGGGUGCGAAUCUUAUGGAUACUCAGGAUAGCCAUCAGGAAGAACAAACUCAGAAUUCAGAAACUGUUAAUGGUGGUACUGUUAGCGAAGGAGGUUUGAAAGAUCUGGGCAAGGGUAACGAAGACAAGAAAAUAUUCGUUGGUGGAAUAGCCUACGACGUUACAAAUGAAGACCUAUCUCAAUAUUUCUCGCAGUAUGGUGAAGUAGCACAGGCUCAGGUGAAGUAUGAUCGAAAUACGGGUCGUUCUCGCGGCUUUGCAUUUGUAGAAUUCGCAACCGGUGAGGCGUGUAGAGCUGCACUCAACGCAAGAGAACAGUCGCUCAAAGGGAAAACCGUUGAAGUUAAGCCAGCAAAAUCUCGAGAAAACAAAAAAGUGUUUGUUGGUGGUCUGCCUGCCGACCAUCCAGAAGAAGAAUUGCGCGCCCACUUCGAACAAUAUGGGAAAGUAGAGGAUAUUGAAUGGCCUUUCGAUAAACAGACAAAAGCUCGGAGAAAUUUCGCAUUUAUUGUGUUUGAAGAAGAAGAAGCAGCUGAGCGAGCAUCGGCUACGCCAAAACAAAUGUUUGGGUCACGCGAGUGCGACGUCAAGAAGGCCGUUCCUCAAGGUAAGCGUUUCCCAGGUGGUCGUGGUGGUGCGGCAAUGCGGGCUGGAUAUGGAGCUGGUCGGGCGGGUGUCAUGAAUGGUUGGUUCGGGCAAGCCGGAUGGGGUCAGAUGGGAGCGUUCGGUGCAUAUGGCGGAGGUACUGGAACUGCAGGGGGCUGGGGUGACUGGUAUGGUAAUGCUGCUGCUGCUGGAUAUUAUCAACAAGGACAGGCUGGUGGCUACUAUGGUGCCGGCGGUUAUGAUGCUUAUUCCCAGGGAAUGACCCAACGUGGGGCAAGUCAGCAGCGCUAUCCACAACAACAGCAAUACUGA